AUGCGAUUGUUGUGCGGAAGUGCAUUAGUUUUCCUGAUCAAAACGAUAUUUCCAUCAGUAUCAGUACUUCCUUAUUGUUUAAAAGUUUCCGGAGAAUCAUUAAUGUCUUCUGCAAAGUAUACUAUCGAAGAAUUUGGCUCACUAUAUGGUUUGGAUUAUAGAAUAUAUUUCAAGGAUCAAAAUGGUUCUCAUAUCUCACCAUGGCAUGAUAUACCUUUGUUUGUCGAUGAAUCAAAGAAAAUUUACAAUAUGGUAAUUGAAAUUCCUCGAUGGACAAAUGCUAAAAUGGAAAUGUCAACUAAGGAAUCAAUGACACCAAUCAAACAAGAUGUGAAAAAUGGUGAACCACGAUUUGUGGAUAAUGUAUUCCCAUUUAAAGGUUAUAUCUGGAACUAUGGUGCUCUUCCUCAAACAUGGGAAGAUCCGAAACAUGAACAUCCAGCUACAGGAGCUUGCGGUGAUAAUGAUCCAAUUGAUGUGAUUGAAAUUGGUUCUAAAAUUCAUCGACGUGGUGAUGUAAUAUCGGUGAAAAUUGUCGGCGUUAUUGCAUUGAUUGAUGAAGGUGAAACAGAUUGGAAAUUGGUUGCUAUCGAUGUGACGGAUGAGAAAGCGGAUCAAAUUAAUGAAAUAAAAGAUGUCGAAAAACAUUUUCCGGGUCUUUUGAAAGCAACACGUGAAUGGUUUCGUAAUUACAAAAUUCCGACAGGUAAACCGGCCAAUCAAUUUGCUUUUAACGGAUUAUUCAAAGAUGCUGACUUUGCACAUGGUGUUAUUUCUGAAACACAUGAAUUUUGGAAGCGUCUUGUCAACGAAUCAUCACCACAGCUAAAUAGUGAAAUGACGUGUGAUGUGCAUGAAGCAGCGCAUCGAGCAAACAUUGAUAAAUGGAAAAAAAUCAUAGCUGAACAGCCACCAUUGGGUGCUGUAAAAGAUAUCCCAAAAAAACUGGAUAAAUGGCAUUAUAUUGCAGAGUGA